AGAAAAUUAAAGUCUAGUGAUCAAAAAGCAUUUGAUUGGUGAGCUGCACAAGGCAUCUGCCAGCAGGACUUAGCUGGAAUGUAGGACCGGAUAGUUUAGAGUUAAAGAUAGAGACUGCUGGUACAGUGUCCUGAGCCAAGUGCUAAAUUCAGCCUGCUCAGCUGUGAGCUGUGUUCAACACUGCCUUCAGCUCGCAUGCUGAGACCAAAAGGUUUUUGCAUAAACCUUUUAAAGUCCAUACAAGCAGGAUACAUAUGAAGACAGAAUGGUUUACACAACGGAAAUGAUUGAAGAACGUAGGAAAAGAGAAAACAGCAUGGCAGAGAGAAGGCAGCUGUUUGCAGAAAUGCGUGCUCAAGACUUAGAUCGCAUUCGUUUAUCCACCUAUAGGACAGCAUGCAAGCUCCGAUUCGUACAAAAGAAGUGCAACUUGCACUUGGUAGACGUUUGGAAUAUUAUAGAAGCAUUCAGAGAAAAUGGACUGAACACAAUGGAUCCAAACACUGAACUCAGUGUGGCUCGUUUGGAGGCAAUCAUUUCCACUGUGCUUUAUCAACUCAAUAAGCGAAUGCCAACCACCCAUCAGAUCAAUGUAGAGCAGUCCAUCAGCUUACUGUUGAACUUUCUACUUGCUGUCUUUGAUGGAGAAGGCCACGCCAAAAUAUCAGUGUUCGCUGUGAAAGUGUCGUUAGCAACAAUAUGUGGUGGGAAGAUCCUGGAUAAGCUGAGGUAUAUUUUCUCCCAAAUCUCCGACUCCAAUGGAAUAAUGAUAUUUGUGAAGUUCGACCAGUUUUUACGGGAGGUCUUAAAGUUACCGACUGCAGUGUUUGAAGGUCCUUCCUUUGGGUACACAGAACAAGCACCCAGGUCAUGCUUUUCUCAACAGAAAAAGGUAACACUGAACACUUUCCUGGACACUCUGAUGUCUGACCCCCCGCCGCAGUGUUUAGUCUGGGUGCCCCUAAUGCAUCGUCUAGCAAAUGUGGAAAAUGUCUUCCACCCUGUUGAGUGUUCGUACUGCCACAGUGAGAGUAUGAUGGGUUUUCGAUAUCGCUGCCAGCAGUGUCACAAUUAUCAGCUCUGUCAGGACUGCUUUUGGAGAGGCCAUGCAAGUGGUUCCCAUAGCAACCAGCACCAAAUGAAAGAAUACACGUCAUGGAAAUCACCUGCAAAGAAGCUAACUAAUGCUCUUAGCAAGUCCUUAAGCUGUGCAUCCAGCCGUGAGCCUUUGCACCCAAUGUUCCCCGAUCAGCCUGAAAAACCAAUCAACCUGGCACACAUUGUAAAUGACUUUGGACCUCCAAGAUCCUCUCCAAAUAUGAAUGACACCAUGUUCUCCCAUUCAGUAAUAACCUCAGGAAGCCCCAGUCCUAACAAGGGCUUUUCCAGCAAGAUUAAUGAAGUAGAACAGAACAAACUGUUGGCUAGGGCAGCUCCAACUUUGCUGAAGGGCAAAGGGUUACAGCACAGCCUUGAUAGACUGAGUGAUGAACAUUUUGUGAUUGGGCACUAUGUCAACCUUCUUCAGCACAAUUACUCAUGUGUCCUUGACAGUCCAAGCAGACUGGACGAAGAGCAUCGACUGAUAGCACGGUACGCAGCCCGACUUGCGGCAGAGGCAGCAUCUACACAGCAACGAGCUCCUGCUGAUCUGUCCUUCACUAUUGAUGCAAACAAGCAGCAGAGGCAGUUGAUUGCUGAGCUAGAAAACAAGAAUAGGGAAAUAUUACAAGAAAUACAGCGACUGCGGCUUGAGCACGAGCAGGCAUCUCAACCAACACCGGAUAAGGCACAGCAGAACCCUACCCUCCUAGCAGAACUCCGGCUUCUCAGACAGCGAAAGGACGAACUGGAACAGAGGAUGUCAGCGUUGCAGGAAAGCCGCAGGGAACUCAUGGUCCAGUUGGAAGGCCUGAUGAAGUUACUGAAAGAAGAAGAGAUGAGGCAGGAAACUCAGGGAGCAGGCUCCCCUCGCUCUUCACCAAGCCACACUAUUAGCCGGUCUGUUCCUAUUCCAAUGCCAAUCAGAUCAACAUCAGCCUGUUCAACUCCAACCCACACACCUCAGGACUCACUGACAGGAGUUGGAGGAGAUGUACAGGAAGCAUUUGCACAAAGCUCCAGGAGGAAUUUAAGAAAUGAUCUGCUUGUGGCAGCAGAUUCUAUUACAAAUACAAUGUCCUCUUUGGUGAAAGAGUUGAAUUCGGCAGAAGCUGGCAGCGAGACUGAGAGCACCGUGGACUCCGAGUUUGGUCGAACUCAUUUAGAUGACCUAGUCCCUUCGCCAACAUCUGAAAAGGCCUUUCUUGCUCAGAUUAAUGCCAGGAAUCCCAGCUAUCUCCACAGUGCUGCUGCAACAGGAACAAUUCGGAGCGAUAUUGUUACAGAUGAUGGUGAAUCCUAUGUGAGGACUGAUGAUGAAAGUUAUGAAAAUGAUUCCGUCCAUCAACUUGAGAAUGAGCUGAAGCUGGAGGAAUAUCUCAAGCAAAAACUUCAGGAUGAGAGCUAUCAGGCCAGUUACGGUCACACUGAUGAUGAGAGUUAUGUGAGAACUGAUGAUGAUGAAAGCUGCAUUCGGACCGACGAUGAAGAAGGUCUAACCGCCGGCUUCACCGAAGAAUGGAACGAGCACAUGAAGCGUCUCAUGAUGAAAUAAGAAUUUUAUAAGUAGUAUGAAGACUAUAGCAACAGUCAUUUUAAAAGUUUGUAGUUAGACAUGUGGACAAACAUUUCUUUUUCUAUAAGCUGGGUUUAUCAGCAUCUUUAUACAGCUCACACAAGUCGGGAGAAUACUGAGGUUUCACUGAGCUAGACAAAAUUGGUGUUGCUAUUACAAAAAGAUUGCAGUAUUAAUAAAAAAAACUUAAAAGUAGAUACAACAUCAAAUUUGCAAUCAAUACAAUUCUGUUUACAAUUCUCAUAUUAAUACAUUACAUGUUUGGUUUCCAGGUGAACUGUGCAGUACUUUAACAGAACAGGUACUGUUUUUUCCUAACUGUGAUGAAUCAACUAUCUUGAUUGAAAUGCACUUACAAACAUCAGAAGCUAAGCCAAUGCACAUAAGCAGUUAUCUAAAAUGACUACUACCCAUAAAUUACCCAUUUAGUUUUUUUUAAUGCACAGGUCUGUAAAUAUGUGUCAUUGACACACACAGCUACUUCUGUUCUAACAUUGUACUUUGAACCAUAGGUGCCAAAAACAAACACAAUAGCAAAACCGAACUUAAAUCAUUUAACACCUUUUUAUGUGGUUGAUACAAUUGGUUAAGCAAUAGUUCUAAGCAAGCAUGUCCAUUGCUACAUUAAGAAGUAAUGUUUUUUUUCCUUUUUUUUGUUUUCUGAAUGUAUAAUUUUAAGGCCUUCAACUUGGAAGUACUGCUAUAUACUGUAUACAUGACUUGAUGCGCGCCUGGAACUGUUUGUGUUUGAAAUGUGUGUUACCUUAGUUGGCCCUGUGUAUAGUUGUGCAAAUUGUCAGACUCUACAGGAAGGAAUGAGUUUAUCAAAUGAUCUAUGGGGAAUUGUAAAUGUUGUAUAGGAAACAGCAAGUGAGAAUUCAGAUUGUGAGACGUAUGUAAAAUAUGGCUUCAGUCAGAUUAAUCCACAGGUAACAAAUACAAAGGCUUGCAGACACACUCAUGCAAAGUUGUACUUGAUUGUUUAGAAUAUUUCUGAUCUGUACAGAAAAGCUCCUUUUCAGGUUGUGUGAGUUCUCAUUAAGGUUGCUCACAGUGGCAGUUUAUUUUCACCUAGUCUUUUCAGUGAUGACUAUUCCUGCCACUAAUUCACCAACAGACCUGUAACAGGAACUUUCUAUCAGAGAAGUUACAACGGCGUACCCUAUUUUAGUACCUAAAGGCACAAGAGUGACACACUGACUAAUCUGCAAAUCUUGCACACCACACUGUAUUAUUGUUAGACUAUUAUUAUUAGCCGAACAAUUGCUAAGAAAGAACUAAAAGUUUAUACGUGGCACCUAUACAAAUCUUUGCCUUGUAGAUAAGUUAACAAUAUGUAACAUUAGAAAUUAUUGUGCUAAAACUGAUACAAUCAGUUUAGACUGAAAACAAAUGUUAAUAAAUAUUGACUGAAGACUAAUAAAUUAUCUAAAAAGGAUGAAAUGUACAGUUUCUGUUGAAGUUGAGAGUACUGUAAGAGAGAGAUUUAAUUUGUUUCAGAGUUGACUUGCACAAAACUGUGGCCUUCACUGUGAAACAAUCUGUUCUCUGUUACUGCAUGAAGUGAUAAAUUGUCUAGUUUUGUUGCACAGUCCUAUGCCUUUUAUUUAUUUUGACUGAAAUGUCCCAGCUUCAUAAACUCAUUAAUGUGGACACAUACUGUAUGUAUAUACUUAAGUCUGUGUUGCUGAAUUUACAAUGAAUUAAUUCAGCAAAAUAGCUGUGAAUAACGACCAGUUUCUUAUAGUAUCAAAAACAGCGGGCACUUGAUUUUCACCAAAAAUAUUUGAUUACAACAUCUAUGCCACUAACUACAACAGCUUCUAAAACUAAUAUUUCAAACAUCUACAGCGAGAAGAGCAACAAUUUUGGAGGCACGACAGGCUCGAUGUUAUACACUGUUAAUGUAACAAAACUACUGAUCUAUGUUUUUUAUUGUUGUUAAGUAUUGUAUCCAUACGUACAAUGUGUUGAAAUGGGCUGGGGACUUGCGUAUGUUUUGAGGUGGUUCAAGUAUUUAACUGUGUCUGUAUUUUGGAAUGGAAUAUUUCGUCAUUAAAGAGAGAAUUUUUAAAAAGA